AUGGAUUCAAUGGAAGUGGACAACGAAGAGAACGUGUGCAGGUCCGCUCAUCGGCUCUCGAAAGCCCUCGACAGACGGGACAUCGGAGAUGUUUGCGUGGCACUGGAAGACCUUCUCGAAGGCACCAACGCCGAUCACUUCGAAGACAUUUUCUCCGCUGCUCUCAACGAAAUAAUCACUUGGGAGAUAUCGAAAGCUCCAGAAACAUCCGAACUCGUUCUUCGGCGACUAAUGGAUCCUCUCAAAAAUGGCGUGAAAAUGCGACAGAUUUGCGAAAAGAUUCUGAGAAUGCAGACGGUCGUAGCCACUCGAAUAGCUGUCGAGGUUAUGAAGCGGUAAGCAGAGUCUUAAAGGGACACUGCUUUUUUGCUGAAAAAUAAUUUAGUUUAGCUUCGAGACACGUAAUGAUCAUAGGAAGUUUAAAAUAUAUACCCUAAUUUUUCUGGGAAAACGCUGAUUCCGGAGACACCUUGUUCACUGCCGAGACGCAAUUCAGAAUGAACAGAGCUAGAUUUUUUGUCGGCAAAUUUUAACACCCCAACUUCGAAAAAUUGAGUUCUUAAAAAUUUACACCAUAAUUAAGCACACACUGGUGCACCUAUGGUAUCAUGAUGACAACACGCAAAAAUGACCAAGGCUCCGCAAUUUUUUCUUGAAUUUACAGAGAAAACUGGAAAUUGAGCAUGGAAGCCGUGCAGGAGGCGUUAAAGAAAAUCGUGGGAACGAUGCGUGAAGCCGGUUCGAUCGAUCCGACAGAGUUCGAAAGGCACAUCGCUGCGAAUGCGGACAUCCUAAAAGCCUCCGGAGCUCCGCCUCAGUUCGUUGCACACCUCCCUUUUCCACCAGAAACACUAAAAUUUUAGUGUUCUAACGAAGCUGAUCGCGGACAGCAUCGUGUCUUUGCAACGCCCGGACCGGCAUAUCGCUCCCGAUUUCGUGCAACAACUCGUUCUGAAUUGUCCUUUUCACCCACUCCUCGGUGCAUUCUUUCCAAUCCAAUAGUUUCUUUUAUCAAUGAAUUUCAGUGCUUCAUGAUCUGAGAAAUACAUUCGAAGUGUUCUGCAUCCAACGUGUCGUCUCUCCGUUCCAUCGAUUUCACCUCGAAGUCGAUCAAUUCAAUGAGUUCGUCAACUCGAAGAACGGCUAUCGAAGCAGCCUAGCCACUUCGAUGCUCUUCGUAUUCGAAAACAUUUGCAAUCGUCUGAUUCACCUGGAAGGCCAGUUUGAAACGGAGGAAAUCGAGAGAAUCGCCGACUUCUGGCUCGCCGCUUUCCGAAUUUUCGACGGAGAUUCGAUCGGUCUUCAAGAGACCUCACGUGCGAUUAAACUGCUCGAAGCAACGACCGAAAAGUUUGACGUUGCCAGAAGACCACUGUUUUUGAAGCGAUUGUUGCACAAAAUGAGUUUGAAAGUAAGAAAAGAGUAUUCUCGAAACUCCUUCUAUUUAUUAUUCAUUUUAGAAAGAAGUGGAACUCGGGUUGGAAGCUCAAAUCGUCGCAGCCAUCAUUACUGUUUUCAAACAACAAAUGUACGAUUGCAACUAUUUCUACGAAGAACUCGGCUCUUUCUGGCCAUUGUGCGCCCGGAUGAAGUACGACGACGUCCACUACGCCAUCGUCUACUUCUCGGCGGUCUUCGUGCUCGCAAAAGCAAUGGCGGCGUUCCGGGUGAAGAAAGAAUUGUGUCGGGUGGUAUACGAGACAGUAAUGAAGCCGAUGAACGAGCAAAUUGCGGAUUAUUUGCGAGUGGAAGAGAUCGGAAGGAAGAAGCAGGCUUCGGGAGAACUGAAUUUCCAACAACAGUUUAUCCAAGAUCAGAAAGAAGCACAGGCCGGACAAUUCACAAUCAUCGAGUGCACCUACAAAGAUGCCGAACAGUCGAUUCUUGAUUUUAUUAAUUAG